AUAAAUAUGUGUCAUAAAUCCUCAUUCUUCAAUAGCACCGAACACCGUUCUCACAAAAAACAAAAACAAUAGUAUAAGUAUAUGUGAGUAAACAUUUCCAAGAGUCCGAUCAGUCCAAAAAAAAUGGCUCGGUGUGAAGCAAAGGAGCGGAAGAUAUUGGUGGCCGUCGAUGAAGGAGAUGAGAGCAUGUAUGCCCUCUCAUGGUGCCUCAACAACAUCCUCGUCUCUCAAAAUUCCAAAGAUACCCUCAUCCUUCUCUACGCCAAAGCAACUCCACCCGUCUACACGGCGUUAGACGGAACAGGAUACUUGUUCUCGGAUGAUAUAGUAGCGACUAUGGAGAAGUACAACAAUGAGGCGGCUGAGUCUGUGAUGGAGAAAGCCAAUAAGCUUUGCAAGGAAGUACAUACUCUUGAUUUUAAAGUGGAGAUGAGAGUGGAGAGUGGAGAUGCAAGGGAUGUGAUCUGUCAAGUGGCAGAGAAAUUAGACGUCAACUUGGUGGUAAUGGGAAGCCACGGCUAUGGCCUCAUCAAGAGGGCUUUUCUGGGAAGUGUGAGCAAUCACUGUGCACAGAAAUUACAGUGCCCUGUUCUAAUUGUGAAAAGGCCCAAAUCAGAGGCUCCAAGCAAAUAAUAAUAAUGACUUGAAAUUCUACUUUUUUUGGUUAAGGUUGUUUUGCUUUGUUGCGGAAAACUUCAUGAACAAUGCUUUAUAUUUCUUUUUUUUUUUUCAUUUUUUCUUUUUCUUCUUCUCCUUCUCUCUUCAAUAUUGUUGCUUAGAGCUUGUAUUUAAUGUAAAAAAAAAUUUUAAGUGAA